AUGGCGCUGAACCUGGCCGAGCGAUUCGACAAGGUGACUGGUCUCGAUCCUUCGCAAAAGAUGGUCGACGUCGGCCUGCAGUCGCCAAGGGACAAUAUCACAUACGCCGUGGGCGACGCCGAGAAGACGGGUCUGCCCGACCAGAGCGUCGACCUCGUGAUUGCCGGCCAGGCGGCGCACUGGUUUGAUCACGGCAAGGCAUGGAAAGAGCUCAGGCGCGUGCUCCGCCCCAAGGGGACGGUGGCCUAUGUCGUGGGUUUGGUUCCAGGGCCAGAGCUGACAAUAGGGAUACGGUACUCUGGCGGCGAGGAUAGUAUCGGACCUUACUGGUCGCAGCCGGGCCGAGGAAUCGUCGAGGGGUUGCUUGACCGUGUGCCAUUCCCGGUUGAUGCGAAGCCCGACACCGAGCUCGCCAGUGCGCUGCCCGAUCUCAACGGCAACGGCCAUCCUAAGCCCGAUCGUAUCGCUGAGCCCCCAGCAACGGGAGUGGAGGGGUUUGACUCUUCCAGUGCCGUCAGGAUCAAGGCCGGAGACGACGGGACGUGGUAUCUGAAGAAGACGUGGGACCUUGCGCACCUCGAGGGGUAUCUGCGGAGUGCCAGCGCUGUGCACGCAUACCACGAAGCCAACCCCGAGGACAAGGCGAAGCGGGGUAACGGAGAGGAUGGUGACAUUGUGGACCGUGUCAUCCACAAGAUUGGCCUAGGGCUAGGCAACGACAGACAGUUUGAGGUUGCCUGGCCGCUGGUGCUGAUGAUGAUCAGGAGAACGUAA